AUGUCUGGACUCUCUACAUCUUUAGAAGAUCCAAACUUAAUCACUUUAGCUUUAUCCCUACGACAAACUUUAGAACCUAGUACCAGAGCAUAUGCCGAGAAACAAUUAGAAGUAGAAGAACAACGACCAAACUUUUCAAUCUCUCUUUUACAACUUGUCACAAAUGAUACUCUUGAAAUAACUGUACGAACUGCCGCCGCAUUACUUUUUAAAAACUAUGUUAAAAGAAAAUGGAACUGGGAAGAAGAGUCUAAGAUCCAACCUGAAAUAAGAAAAACCAUAAAGGAUACCAUUAUUGACAUUUUAAUUGCUGUUCCUACCACUCUUCAAACUCAACUCAUUGAAAGUAUAACUAUCAUUGCCGAUUCUGAUUUUCCUGAUGACUGGGAAAAUUUAUUACCAAAAUUGAUUCAUAACUUUAGUCAAGAUAAUUUUGUCCGUAAUAAUGCUAUAUUAUUAACAGCUCAUUCUAUCUUCAAAAAAUGGAAGCAUCAAUUUAAAUCGGAUCCUUUAUAUAAAGAGAUAAAUUAUGUUUUGGAUAUAUUUUGUGAACCAUUUUUUCAACUUUUACAGGCAACUGAUGCAUAUAUUGAGCAAAACAACAACAAUAAAGAAAAUCUUCAAUUGUUUUCCAACACAUUAUUACUACUAUUAAAAGUUUUCUAUGAUCUCAAUUGUCAAGAUCUUCCUCCAUUUUUUGAAGAUAAUUGGGAAGCAUGUAUGAAUCUUUUUCAUAAAUACAUAACUUAUCAAAAUCCAUUAUUGGAAACACAGAGUGAGGAAGAAGCUGGCACACUCGAGAAAAUAAAAUCUUCAGUUUGUGAAAUUAUUAUAUUGUACACAAAUAAAUAUGAAGAAAUAUCUACAAUGUUACCACAGUUUGUUAAUACAAUCUGGAACUUUUUAACUACAAUAGGAUUGGAACCUAAAUAUGAUAUUGUAAUUAUUUUAUUUGCAAAACUAGAAAGAUAUCAAGUUAUUUUCAAAAAUCUUUUUAAUAAUGAUGAGGCUAUCAAACAGUUUUGUGAAAAAAUUGUACUUCCAAAUAUGUACUUUAGAGAUAGUGAUACUCGUAGAAGGGCUGCAACAGACUUUGUGCGCAGCUUGAUGUCACAGUAUUUGCACAAUAUAACAAGAGUUAUUGGAGUUUAUAUUGCAGAAUUCCUAAAGCGUUAUAAUGAAAAUCAAAAAAAUUGGAAAGACAAAGAUGUAGCAAUUUACCUUUUAACUUCAAUUGCCACUCCUGGAACUACUACAAAAGUAAGUUAUACUAUUCAAUUAUCAGUUGAACUUAACGAAGCUUUAUUGUUUGCAAAAGAGAUAAUCAGAUUAUUCAAAUUAAAUUACAAGUAUGGUCUCACGGUAGUAAAUGAUUUAGUAGACGUUGUUGAAUGGUUCUCUGCAAAUGUCUUACCAGAUUUACAAACUGUUGUUGAUAGUGGGGAACCAGUUUUGAAGAUGAAUAAAUCACAACUAACUAGUGUUUUCCCAUUAUUAGUCAAACAUGUUUCAUCUUCCAAUUAUGUAGUUCAUACUUAUGCUGCAAUAACUAUUGAUAAAAUGUUAACAAUGCGCAAAGAUAAUGCAAUGUUAUUUAGUAGGGCAGAUAUUAAGCCAUAUACUCAAGAACUUUUAAUUAGUUUAUUCAGAUUAAUCGAGUCAGGAACAACACCUCAAACAUUAGCGGAAAAUGAUUAUCUCAUGAAAGCUGUAAUGAGAGUUAUUUUCACUAGUCGUGAGGAUAUUUUACCUUAUGUUGGAGAUAUUAUGAGUCACUUAAUUGCUAUUUUAGGACAAAUUAGUAAAAAUCCGAGUAAUCCUCGUUUCAAUUAUUAUGUUUUUGAAUCAAUUGGAGCAUUGAUUAGAUUCAAUUGUCAAGGUAAUACUGAACUAAGAAAAAAUUUCGAGGAUACUCUGAGUGGUCCAUUCCAAUACAUUAUGGAUAAGGACAUUCCUGAUUUCUACAGAGAUUUGUUACCACAAUUGUUGAAUCAUGUUGUUUGGGAAUCUGCUGGAAAUAUUCCUGGGCUAGUUAAAUUAUUACAAACAUAUCUUUAUCGAUAUUCAAAUAUAAUAAUUUCAAACGGACAACUUGAGCCAAUUUUAGGCAUCUUUCAUAAAUUAAUUGCAAAUAAGAAACGUGAUAAAUAUGGAUUAGAUUUAUUAAGCUCAGUCAUUCGAAACGUACCUACAGCUGCAUUAAAUCAAUAUAUUGGUCCAAUAUUAACGCUUCUAUUAUCAAGAUUUCAAAGUAGUAAAACUGAUUCAUACACUAUGGGAUUCGUUUAUUUUGUAUGUUAUUUUCUUGCUGUAGAUAAGGAAGGGAUGAAUCCAGAUUAUGUAAUCCAAGCAUUUGAUUCACUUCAAAAUCAACUUUUUAUACAAGUCUUGAAUGCCUUCAUCAUUCCUCAUUUACAAAAAGUUCAAGGUUACAUGGAACGUAAAAUUUGCGCAGUGGGGAUGACACGUCUUAUAACACAAAAAGAUAUGCAAUUCCAAACCUCGUAUUCCAAAUUAGCAACUACCAAUAAACCAAAGGAUGAUCCUACAGAAUCAAUCAAAGAUCCAAAAAUCUUUUUAGCUCAAUCCAUUAAAAAUCUGAAUGAUUUACAUCCUGAAAUGAUAUCUGAAACAAUACAAAAAAGAAUACCACCUGAAUAUACGCAUUACCUUUUUCAAUACAUGACAUACUAA